AUGUCUCCCGGGCUGCCUCUGCCUCAACGUGUGCAGGUCGCCACCUGGACAGUACUCCAUGACAAGGCACGUAAACCUGUCAGUCUCAAAAUGUGUAUACAGAGUCGGCAAAAACGGGUGAUCCAACAACUGCAGAAUCUCCCUCUCCGUCUGGGCCCGAUUAAGCUUGUUCCUACUCGCGAGCGAAGCCUUAUCCAUAACCUUCAUAGCAAACAAGCACCUGCUCACACUCAGCUCAGACAAAUACACGCUCCCAAUAUCCCCACACCCGAGCCUCCUCAGCAGCUUGAAAUGACUCAUGCCCAAAACUCCAUCACGGGCCCGUACACCAAGUAUAGCAUUCCACCUCGGAUCAUUUCCUUUGUGAGGCUUAUUCGCACUUCCAGUCGCGUUACUCCAGUUGCUCUCGUCACUAAUCCCACUGCUGCUAUCACUCGCACGGCCAUAGUUUUUAUCAUCACUCAUUAUCCCGUCACUUUUAUACGUGCUGGCGCAGCUAUUGGCAAUGCUCAUGGUCCGUGCCAUGCCAGCGCUGUCGAUGCUGCUGCUGAGUGGGCUCACGUUGCCGCUCGCGGAAAGGCGGUGUCUGUGGGUUCGGGAGGGUGGCUAACACCGUGGAACGAGGUUGAACCGAUUUCUUCGAACGAGUCUUGGCUUAUUUUGAAUGAGAGGACAUCGGGCAUAUUAGUCUGCCGAGAAGCAAGAAGAUAUGGUUAUGACGUACAAUUGAUGGAAUUAGCCGAUAAACAAGAGAACCAGAAAAGUGUAUUUUCACUUCUUUUGGGGCUAUGGGUGCUUUUGUCAUGUGUUCAUUGCGAUACGUGCUUUGAAAAGAGGAUGGAGACUCGGGUCUGCCAGGAUGAAUUCACAAUUUAA